GGAAAACUGGGAACGCCCAUAAUAGUCAUUAUCAUUGCUUUCCUUGCUUGUUGGGUCUGACAGUCAGACCUGGUGAUAGAUACGAGCAGGUACAUAUUUGAAUUAUGUAGAAUAUCUCGUCGAAGAACACUGGCCUUUAUCUCCACAGCAUUUUCCAAGAGGUUCCACGAUGAGGUCCAAAGUGCAAUUAUACCUUCGGCCUGUUGUCAUGGCAUGCUAUUUCGUAGUGCUGCUGAUAGCCGUGCCACUGUCCAUAGUCUACUUAGUGGAGAAACAUUCUGAGCCCCAUGUGAUUGCGUGGUUUGUGGCGGGCAUUUUCGUUCUGGCCACUAUACCUAUGUCAUUGUGGGAUAUCUCCAUGCACUUGUCUAACUACACGCAACCUGAUUUGCAGCGGUACUACGUCAGAAUAAUCUGGAUGGUGCCUAUCUAUUCCCUUGACAGUUGGCUGGCUCUACGAUUUGCCACUGAGGGCAAUGCCGGCGUGUUUCUGGACACCGCCAGAGAGUGCUACGAAGCGUACGUCAUCUACAACUUCAUGAUGUUGCUUUUGACGUACCUGCGCAAGCAUACGACCACAGCGGAUGGCGGCGAACUGGACGAUGUGUACCACGGUCACAUGUUCCCCUUCAAAUACUGGCCAUUCAAGCUUUGCUUCAAGCCCUGGGAGCCUGGAAAGCAGUUCAUCCAUCGCUGCACCGUGGGCACACUGCAAUACACAUUGAUACGCGUGACCACCACCACCGUGGGCAUGGUCUGUGCAUUGGCUGGCUAUCAGCACAGACAAGAAAUCUUCAACAAUGUCACCAAUCGAACUGAAGUUGUGUUUCCGCUGAAUAAGUACUACUCCGACGGUGAAAUCUCAGAGAAGAAUGCCUACAUCUAUCUGGCGUUCAUCAACAACGUCUCGCAAGUGUGGGCAAUGUACUGCCUCGUCCUUUUCUACUAUGCCACGCGCGAGCGGCUGAAGUCGGUCAAGCCCUUUGGCAAGUUCAUGUGCGUCAAGCUGGUGGUUUUCUUCUCGUUCUGGCAGUCGGUGGUUAUCGCCAUUCUAGGCGUGGCCGGUGCAAUCCCCAGCAGCGCAUACUGGACCAACUAUACGCAGGAUACUGUCAAAUCCAGCAUCCAAGAUUUCCUCAUCUGCAUUGAGAUGUUCUUUGCGGCCAUUGCUCACCACUAUGCGUUCUCUGCUAGUCAGUUUGUGGACUACGCGGCUGACACACCGUCCUGCUUAGACGGUAUAAAGAGCAUGUGGGACGUUAGCGACGUCCGGGAUGACAUUGUGGAAAAGACCAGGACCGUUAUCCCGCAGCGGCGUGGCCACUCAUCUUCGGGCGCGGCAGGUGGGGAUGAAAGAACGCAGCUGCUACCUGUGGCAUCAGCUGAUGCUUCGCCAGUUUCCGGUGAACAUGGAGCAGUGAACAGGACGCCUGCAGCCGGGACAGCCUCCACCCAGGCUGGACAAGGCGUACAUGUAUGAUUCCCAUAGUCCAGACUGAAGAGAAGAAUCUGAUUAUGUUGCCACUUGCAGUUGAUGAAUGUCACCGGCUUGUGUUUCAUUUGUCGCACCUGAUGUCCUCUGUCUUUGCAGAAGGUGAGGUCUAGAAAAGUGCGCUGUUAUCAUCACGCAUACAUACGUGUUGUUGUGUUUGUGCCGAUUCCCAUGUCUGGCAGUCCGUCUGUGAACAAUUAUUGCCGCUUGCAGUCGAUAUGCAUGUGCAGUUGGGCACACGUCGUGUGUUGCUGACAUCGUUGUUUUCUCAUCUUGCUGCUUAUACUUCAAAGUACUUAUUUCUAUCUCUUGCGUUAUUUUUCUUUAGCUCCUGAUCAAAAUUCAUUUCUGUAGCAGGUGAAGCUGAGUACCAGCCAUAUGUUUUUUACUUGAAUUCUGCAAUUUUUAAAAUAUUUUAUUGCCGAAAA